AUGCUAACAUUCGUCAUGAUGCUAGUUGUGUUGUGGGCAAGAGUUUGUGAUCUCGAUAGAGGGAUGAAGAGCGAUGGCGUUGUUGCUACUGUCAGCUCCGAUCCCCAGACUAUGCUUGGUAGCCUCGUUAACAUCGUCGUAAUGGUUUCUGGACUUGACAGCGUUGUAGGUGAGACGACAGUGUCUUGUUCUCACGGCUGCAUGGGACGGAUCGAGCUUCUAUUGACCCCACGUCAUUCUUCUCAUUCCUCUACUACCUCUAUCUCGUCUUCCGCGAACAUCAUAAACUUUCUGUGUGAUUUUUUUCGAUUUGUCACACAACGGAUGACGCCAAUUUUACUACGUCAUUCCGCAGGACGAAAAUUUUGGGGCUGCCCUAAUUAUCAGGUGGAAGGAGGCAACUGUGGUCUUUUCAAAUUGGUGGAUGAAGAACUAGGUCAAGAACUGGAAAUGUAUCAUAUAGAGCAGAUCAAGCCAUUGUUAGCAAAGGGGUCAGCGUACCCUUCUUCUGAUGAAGCCAUUACACCCUCCCGCAUAAACAGACUAAGUUUAGGAACCCAUUUCAAGAAAUGUUUAAUAUAA